AUGACGAUUGACAAUCGAACAUUAUCAAUGAUCGUACCAUAUCUAUUGGAUAAUCAAGAAGAAGAAAAUUUAUUUAUUAAAAUUCUCACACGUAAUCAAGAACAAAAACCGUUGAUAAGUUUUAAUUUAAAUCUCAUUCGAUGUUCAAAUAGUGAAUUCUUAAAUUGGACAUCAGUUGAAUCCUCGUUAACAUUACGUGGCGAAUUUGUUCGUACAACAUUUACUGAUGCAAAUAAAAUCUAUUUAUCAUCGGGCGUAACCUAUUUAAAAAAUUUAGCAAUGCUCGAUUGUUCAACAAAGACUACAUAUCGAACUAGUGAUGAUGAAUUAUUUCAAAUUAAAUUACGAAUAGAAUCAACGUUAAAUGAUUAUUGUUCAAGUGAACAUUUAUGUUAUCCACAGAAUGUUUAUCAAUGUGAUUUUGAACAACAUCGUUGUACAUGUCGUUCAUCGUAUCAGUCUUAUCUAAAUAAAUAUCAACAGUCCGUAUGUGUUCGUGCUGUAGAAAAAAUAAGUCAGUGCACCAUGAAAGAUAUUCAUUGUAUGGAAUGGUGUCAUGAAAAUCGUUCAUCGACAACCUGUGCAUGUCCAAAAGAUUUAUCAAGCAAAAAGUUAUCCGAUGACGGUCGAGCUUAUUGUGAAGGUCGAAUAGGUGGACCGUGCAAUUCAUUUAUUCAAUGUCCAUUAGGAGAUAUUUGUGUUCAGAGAACUUGCCAAAAUACUUAUUAUAAAUUACAUCAUAUCUUAUCGUUUGAUAUUGCUACUGUUUCAAUAAUUGCUUCAUGCCUUAUACUUCUUGUGAUUAUUAUCAUAUUGGGAAUAAGUAUAUGUAUAUUACGUCGGCAACGUAGGGAAAAACAUUACGAUUCAUCGAUUGAUACUGUCUACAAAAGGAAACAACAAACAAAUAUUCCGACAGCGAGUAAUUACGAUAAUAUUAUCUAUGGAGUUUUUCAUAAUAAUGUUCAACUAUCAUCAACUGUACUAUCGUAUAAUGAUGACCAUGUUAAUGAUAGUUCGCCAUUUACUGCAUCCUCCGAUUCGACAUCAUACAAUCCAAAAGUUGUUUUUCUAGGCGGCGAUCAACAUUUAACAGCUAUAUACGCAUAA